UUGUCAGGGGAGCUGGUCCAGGCCGUGUGUCUUGAAUCGGACCUGCAGGACGGACAGAUGCUGGAGGUGGAGGUGGGUCACCACAGUGUUCUGCUGACCCGCACCGAGGGUCAGUACAGCGCCAUCGGUAACCAGUGCACACACUACGGCGCUCCUCUUAGCAAAGGCGUGAUUUCGGGGCACCGUGUGCGCUGCCCGUGGCAUGGCACCUGCUUUAAUGUGCACACUGGAGAUGUGGAGGAGUUUCCCGGAAUGGACGGUUUACCCUGCCACAAGGUGAUGAUCCACAACAACAAAGUUUACGUGUCAGUCAACAAAAAGACAUUAGAGCAGCAGAGAAGAAUGAAAAAGAUGGGGGCUGCGGUGUCAGGGGUCACUCACACCAUGCUGCUGCUCGGGGGAGGUGUGGCGUCGCUGAUCUGCGCGGAGACAUUACGCCAGGAGAACUUUGGGGGAAGAAUCGUCAUGGUAACCAGAGACGAGCUUCUGCCUUAUGACAAGACGCGACUCAGCAAGGUGAUGAACGUGGACAGUGAGAGCAUCUUGUUGAGGAGGAUGGACUUUUACCACAAAUACGACAUCGAAGUCCAGCUUAGGAAAGAAGCGGUGUCUGUGGACACGGACAAGAAGACGGUGACGUUUGACGACGGCUCUGUGCAGCGUUACGAUCAGCUGCUCAUCGCCACGGGCUGCAGAGCUAAAGGUCUGGAUGUCUCCGGCAUGGAGUUGGACAACAUCAAGAAGUUGGAGACGCCAGAGGACGCGCGUCAGAUCCACACCUCCUGUCUGGGUUGUGACGUGGUCGUCGUGGGGACCUCCUUUGUUGGCAUGGAGGUGGCGUCCUAUUUGGUGGACAAGGCUUCCAGCAUCACGGUGAUCGGCAGCAGCGAGCUGCCCUACCAGAACACGCUGGGACCCGAGAUCGGCCGAGUCACCAUGGCGAUGUUGGCCGAGAAGAACGUGAGCUUCCACAUGAACGACAACAUCAGCGAGGUCCGGGGCGUGCACGGAAAGGUCAACCAGGUGGUGCUGAGGAGCGGAAAGGUCGUCCGGGUGGACAUUCUGAUCGUGGCUAUCGGCGUCGUCCCGAACUCAGAGUUCCUGCGAGGAAGUCCCAUCAAGUUGGACUCCAGGUGGUUCGUACAUGUGGACAAGCACAUGCGUACCAACGUGGACGGCGUGUUCUGCGGGGGCGACGUGGCCACCUUCCCCCUGACUAUGGCGAAGGACCGACGCAUCAACAUCGGACACUGGCAGAUGGCGCAGGCGCACGGGAGGACAGCUGCUCUCAACAUGCUGAAGCAAGACUCUCCUGUCAACUCUGUCCCGUUCUACUGGACCGUGGUGCUGGGAAAGACUAUCCGCUACGCAGGCUACGGGGAAGGAUACACUGAAAUAGUCAUGAAAGGAAACUUUGAGGACAGGAAGUUCCUCGCGUUGUACAUAAAGGACGAUGAGGUCAUAGCGGCGGCCAGCUUGAACUAUGACCCGGCGGUGUCUGCAGUGGCCGAGAGACUGGUUUCAGGACGAGUCAUUACCAGGGACGAAGCUCUAUCUGACGACCUGAGCUGGCUGCAGUUGUCCUGA